AACGCUAUCACACCGGAAGUGAGCUGUCAAACAGCGGAUUUGGCAACCUUCUGUGUAUGAUUUUUAUUAACAUACAGAAAACGGGGGUUUUGCUAUUUCACUUGUUACAUUUGGGAUUUGUGUCUUCGGUUGUGUGCUGACCAGCCCAUUGAUCAGCAAGAUGAGCAGCGGAGGAUCUGUGGAGAGUGGUAAACCUCCAAAGAUUGGCUCUGUGGUGGAAGUGACUGGAAAGGGCCAGCGUGGCACUGUGGCUUAUAUCGGUGCCACCCUCUUCGCCUCGGGGAAGUGGGUGGGCGUUAUCCUGGAUGAACCAAAAGGGAAGAACGAUGGGACCGUGCAGGGGAAGCGCUACUUCACUUGUGAGGAGAAUCACGGAAUAUUUGUCCGCCAGUCUCAGAUCCAAGUGGUUGAAGACAGUUCCAGUGCCAGCACCCCUGAAGCUCCUGAGACCACUUCCUUCAGCAGGACACCCAGGCCCAAAGAUAUUCCUGAGACUCCCAAGUCAUCCAAACAGACUCCUCUAAACAUUAAAAAGUCUUCAGUCCGCCGAUCCGGAAAGUGGACCACGCCCUCUCGCCUGACCCCUGCCACUUCCCUCCCAACCCUCCUUAUCCGCUCACCUGCUCAUCCCAACAUGCUGCUUAGGGCAUCUCGUGAGAACCUGACGUCUUCGCUGUCCGGUGAUGUCAGUGAGGCGGGCCUUUCCUCAAACCAGGGAGCCCUUGGAGCUCCGAUGGUUCCACAGCCCAGUGGGACUCCUGCGGCAGCACCAGUGGCAUCAACUGUCCCUGCAACACCCAGCAAGGUUGAACCUUCUGUUUCCAAGCAGGAGGAGGAGUCGCUGCGCGCUCAGGUCAAAGACCUGGAGGAGAAGCUGGAGACACUUAAGAUGAAGCGAACAGAGGACAAAGCCAAAUUAAAGGAGCUGGAGAAACACAAGAUCCAACUGGAGCAGCUGCAGGAGUGGAAGAACAAAAUGCAGGAGCAGCAGAAUGAACUGCAGAGGCAGCUGAAGGAGGCCAAGAAGGAAGCACGGGAGGCUCAGGAGGCUAAAGAUCGCUACAUGGAGGAGAUGUCAGACACAGCAGACGCUAUAGAAAUGGCUACACUGGACAAAGAGAUGGCAGAGGAGCGGGCAGAGUCCCUGCAAGUGGAGGUGGAGACUCUGAAGGAGAAGGUAGAGGAACUGUCCAUGGAUCUGGAAAUCAUCAGACACGAGAUCUCUGAGAAAGGUUCUGACGGAGCGGCAUCCAGUUACCAAGUCAAACAGUUGGAGGAGCAGAAUGCACGACUGAAGGAGGCGCUGGUCAGAAUGCGUGACCUCUCCGCCUCGGAGAAGCAUGAACAUGUCAAGCUUCAGAAGCAGAUGGAAAAGAAGAGCUCUGAGCUGGAGACAUUCCGUAGCCAGAAGGAGAAGCUGCAGGAGCAGUUGACACAGGCUGAGACAACCAUCGAUGAGCUGAAGGAGCAGGUGGACGCAGCUCUGGGCUCUGAAGAGAUGGUAGAGACACUGACUGAGAGGAACCUUGACCUGGAGGAGAAGGUCAGGGAGCUGAGGGAGACUGUAACAGAUCUGGAAGCAAUCAACGAGAUGAACGACGAGCUGCAGGAAAAUGCCCGCGAAACUGAGAUGGAGCUGCGGGAGCAGCUGGACCUGAGCGCAGCCAAGGUGCGGGAGGCGGAGAAGAAGGUGGAGGCAGCUCAGGAGACGGUCGCCGACUACCAGAACACUAUCAACAAAUACAGAGACCUCACUAACAGUCUCCAGGAUGCCAACAAAGAGCUUAUGAGUCAGCAGAGUGCCACGAGCGAGACGGUUCAACAACCUGCUGCUGAGCUCUUUGACUUCAAGAUCAAGUUUGCAGAGACCAAAGCGUACGCCAAGGCCAUUGAGAUGGAGCUGAGGAAGAUGGAGGUGGCACAGGCCAACAGACAGGUGUCCCUGCUCACUUCCUUCAUGCCAGACUCCUUCCUGCGUCACGGAGGAGACCAUGACUGCAUCCUGGUGCUGCUGCUCAUCCCCCGCAUCAUCUGCAAGGCAGAGCUGAUCAGCAAACAAGCUCAGGAGAAGUUCGAUCUUAACAGCUCCAUCACGCCAGGAACAGCUCUCCGGGGACCCCCUGGAGAGCAGCGCAGCUUCGCCUCUGGACUGGUCUACUCCCUCAACCUACUGCAGUCUACGCUGCAUAAAUAUGAGCAGGCCCUGAACUCGUGCAGCGUGGAGGUGUUCAAACGUAUGGGAACUCUGUACACUGAGAUGAGCUUCCACGAGCGAUCGCUGGAUUACUUCAUUGACCUACUGCACAAAGACCAACUGGACGAGACUGUCCAGGUGGAGCCACUUACCAAGGCCAUCAAGUACUAUCAGCAACUGUACAACGUCCACCUGUCAGAUCACGCUGAAGACUGCACUGUCCAGCUGGGAGACCACAUCAAGUUUACCCAGAGUGCCCUGGACUGCAUGGGUGUGGAGGUUGUUCGUCUGCGGGCGUUUUUGUCCGCUGGUCAGGAGAGUUCUGGCCUGGCGGUUCUGCUUAAGGAUCUGGACACGUCAUGCUCCGACAUCCGUCAGUUCUGCAAGAAGAUUCGCCGCAGAAUGCCAGGAACAGACGUGGUCGGCGUUCCUGCUGCCCUUAGUUUCAGCUCUGAAGUUGCUGAGACUCUGACCGAGUGCAGGAGGCAGCUGACCAGGGUGGUGGCCGUGCUGCAGGAGGUGGCUGCUGCAGGAGCUCAGAUGAUCGCUCCACUGGCUGAACAGGAAGGACUCAACGCCCUGAAAGUGGAGGACAUCGUCUGCAAAGUAGUGGAGCAGGUUUAUGGUGCUCACGGUCUGAACGCUCUGGAGAGUCUGCGUCAGUCCUGCAGCUCUGUGAUCGCGACCAUGAACAAGAUGGCUACUGCCAUGCAAGAGGGAGAGUACGACGCCGACAAACCUCAGGGCAAGAGUGCUCCUGUGGAGAUCCGAGCUGCUAGCGUCAGGGCAGAGAUGACCGAUGCAGAGGGACUGGGAGCAAAACUGGAGGACAGAGAAACAGUCAUCAAGGAGCUUAAGAAGUCUCUCAAGAUCAAGGGGGAGGAGCUGAGCGAGGCCAACGUGCGUCUGAGCCUCCUCGAGAAGAAGCUGGACACAUCCACGAAGGAUGCAGACGAGCGAGUGGAUAAGAUCCAGAGCAAACUGGAUGAAAACUUGUUGGUUUUGAAGAAGAAAGAAAAGGAGUUUGAGGAGACCAUGGACGCCCUGCAGGCUGACAUCGACCAGCUGGAGGCUGAGAAGGCAGAGCUUAAACAGCGUGUCAAUAACCAGUCUAAGAUGACCAUUGAGGGUCUGCGGGGGCCUGCCAUCGCUGGAAUUGCUUCAGUUGUUCAAGGAUCUGUCGGAGGUACAACCUCGGCCAUGUCUGGUCCUCUCCAGGUCGUGGACUCUCCUCUGCUCAGGCAGCAGGUUGAGGCUCAAAGACUCGGCAUCAAGCAUCUCAAGAAUGAGAACAACCGACUGAAGGCAGAGAAAAUCCGGGCCCAGCUGGCCUCACUGCCGCCCCUCUGCCCUGCCAAACUGCCACAGGUACCAAAGUCCCCCUCCACUCCUCCUGAAGGGCUCAACACGGGACUCUACCGCCGUACCGACCAGCUGCUGGCCACGCUGCUGAAGCUGAGCGCCGGAGUGAAGGUGGUGGAUGUGACCGGGAAGACGACAGUGAGUCCUGGUGCUCAGCUGAUGGAGCAGAUGGCUCGACUACAGAACCUCAGUGAUGCUCUGAACAAGCUCCAGGGGGAGGUAGCAGAGCACGUCAUCAGCAACCAGCCUGGAGCCAAAGCUGCUACAGACUUCGCCACAUUCCCAGUAUCCUCCUAUGUUAAGGCUAACGGAGAGAAGAAAGAGGGGACGGUGUUUGUUGGUCGUGUGGCAAUUCCCUGCACCCGAGGACAAGAACAAGUCCACCGACUCGUCCUGUCACAGCAGCAGCUGACACAAGUGCACAAGCUGCUGCUGGACUAGAGACGUCCGCCUCACACUCGACAAUUUUCACUUUCUUGUAUUGAUUAAUAAAUGGGCUCACUACGUUCU